AUGCCUGAUCUUCGUCGCCAGAUAUUUGAAAGCGGCAAGACAGUCUCACGCAAGGCCGCUUCCCGUGAAGCCUCUCGCGCGACCUCGCGCGCCAGCUCCAAACAAACUUCUCAUCAGUCCUCGCGAAACGCGAGUCGACAGCCUUCCGACGAAGAAGAUUCGGGUUUUCUUUCUGACGAGACAACCAUGAGUAUCGGAUCUUUGGACGAUGACAACCCCGAACAAGACAAUGUCGACUGGCCACAAGAGCUAGGUGAUCACAUUCAGGAAAUAUUGGAUCGCAAGCGCAGCAGCGUACAGGGCCGUGAGGAGGCCCUGGCGGCCUUCUGCCGCCUCACCAAAUACCACUAUGCGGAAGAGGUUACUCGUGCCUCAACGGGGGAGCUGCUGAGUGCCUUUACGAAAAGUGUCCGGCACGAGUCAAGUGUGCGCGAAACGGUCAUGGCAUUACGUUCGAUCGAGCUACUGGCUAUCACUGCCUUGGACAACACCAUCUACGAGAAUAUGGAGCCAGUUAUUACGCGCACUAUCCGCGACUCGACUUCCAAUGGAGUUAAGGCCGCCGCAAUUCAGUGCCUGGGGGUAUGUACAAUUUUUGGGGGCGCAGGCGAGGAUGGAAUCCUCGAACAGAUGACCUUCCUUCUUGACAUUGUGGCCUCAGACGGUCAAUCUAUCGAUGCAACGGACGACGCCACUGCGGUACAUGCCGCGCUUCAGGUGUGGGGAUUUCUUGCAUCCGAAAUUGAAGACUUUGAGAGCGAAAGCGAAGAGGCAGUCCAGAUAUUUAUCGACCAACUGGAUAGUGGCGACUCCUCUGUGCAAAUCGCAGCUGGCGAGAACAUUGCCCUACUCUACGAAAAGAGCUACACGCCUCAGGAAGACGACGAAGAUGACGAAAGUGACGAAUCUGAUGACAGUGGCGAGCAUGAACGGCAAGACCACAAUGGUCCUAAGCUCCUCAAACGAUACAACGCCUACCAUAACACCCCGGAGCUUGAGCAGCAGUUGCACUCGCUGGCCACCAUACACACCAAGCGCAUCAGCAAGCGCGACAAAAAGUCUUUGCACAGCAAUUUUGCAUCCAUUCUCACCACCGUCGAGAACCCGCGCUACGGGCCUCGUUACAACACGGCCAUCGACCAGGACACCAACCGCCACUAUGGCAGCACCCUCACCGUCAAGAUCGGUCGACACGGCAUCAUGAGCAUCGACCGCUGGUGGAAGUGGGUCCGUCUGUCCGCUCUGCGUCGCAUUUUGCAGGGUGGCUUCGCCGAGCACUAUUUCCAAGGCAAUCGGGCUGUUCUUGACAAUCUGCCCGUCAUGAUGCGCAUGGCCAACCACGGCGCAGGGUUGGUGGAUCGCCAAAGCGCACGAAAGGCAGCGAAAAUGCGCAAUAGCUCGCGCCGCUGGACUGCACCACCAUCGGAUGAGGAUUGA